ACCUGCUUUACCUCCAUCAUUGUGCUUUUACACUCUACAACACCACUAAAACCAUGGCCCACCAGCAGCAGAUUAGCCUUCCCGCUAAACUGAUCAAUGGAGGGAUUGCAGGCAUGGUUGGAGUCACCUGUGUAUUUCCAAUUGACCUGGCCAAGACUCGCCUGCAGAACCAGCGAAGCGGUCAGCAGCUUUACAAGAAUAUGAUGGACUGCCUUAUAAAGACAGUUAAAUCUGAAGGUUACUUUGGCAUGUAUAGAGGUGCUGCUGUAAAUCUGACCCUAGUGACUCCUGAGAAGGCCAUUAAACUUGCUGCCAAUGACUUCUUUCGCCACCAGCUGAGCAAAAAUGGCAGUAAGUUAACAGUGUUUAAGGAGAUGCUGGCAGGGUGCUGUGCGGGAAUGUGCCAGGUCAUUGUCACCACGCCCAUGGAGAUGCUCAAGAUUCAGCUUCAGGAUGCUGGCAGGCUUGCGGCCCAGCAAAGGGUGAUACCCAGUGUGGUAACAGCUCUAAAGAUGGGUGGAACCAGUGCUGUCCUAAGCCGUUCCUAUAACGCUAGCCCUUCUGCUCAAGUCGUGAGAGUGUCCGCCACACAGAUCACCAAAGAGCUGCUGAAGACCAAAGGUGUCACAGGGCUGUACAGGGGACUUGGGGCCACGUUAAUGAGGGACAUGCCGUUCUCGGUCGUGUACUUCCCUCUCUUUGCACAUUUACACCAGCUCGGCCAGCAUUCAUCAGGAAACCCAUCGGUGCCCUUCUACUGGUCCUUUGUGUCCGGCUGCUUGGCUGGGUCUAUUGCAGCCGUGGCUGUCAGCCCUUGUGACGUUGUCAAAACAAGGCUACAAUCCCUCAAAAAAGGAACAAAUGAGGAAACAUACAAUGGCGUGGUGGAUUGUGUCAGAAAAAUCAUGAGAAAAGAGGGUGCCUCUGCUUUCCUUAAAGGAGCCAGUUGCAGGGCCCUUGUCAUUGCUCCUCUCUUUGGCAUCGCUCAGGUUGUGUACUUUGUAGGAGUUGGAGAGAUGCUGCUUGGCUAUACACCCUAUAAUGUCUACUCCGCAUAGGAAACCUGUCUGCCAUAAAUUAUAGGCAAAUAAGGGACUCAGCGUUAACAUGGAAGGGCCAACAUGUACGUGGUCUCCAUUGGAGAUCCAUUGAAGUCAUGUGGUGUCCACUGGAAUACUUGAAAGGACCCCUCCCCCUCCAUAAUCAGACUUACAGUAUGUCAAAACAAACAUUUCUGUGUAAUUCUUUGCAUUUCAUAAUCCCAAACUGGCUCAUCAUGGAGAUUCUGAGAUAACGGUUACUACAGGUUGUCAUGUGCUUCUGAGACUCUCCUCAAAAUAAGUACAAAAUAAAAGAUGACUAAUAUGGCUCCAGCGCUGUUAACCAUUGCUGUUUGUAAACUUGAACAUGGCUGACCCUGCUCUUUGUGUACUAUAUAUGCAGUCAUGGAAAAAUGAUUAGACCACCCUUAUUUCUUCGGUUUAUUGAUCCAUUUUAAUGCCUGGUACAAUAAAGGUACCUUUGUUUGGACAAAUAUAAUGAUGAUAACAAAUAUAGCUCAUAAGAGUUUAAUUUCAGAGCUGAUAUCUAGCAACUUGGUUUUCUUGAUAAUAUAGCAUUGUACUGCCAAAAAAUGUAACUCUUAUGAGCUAUUUUUGUUGUCACUGUUACAUUUGUCCAAACAAAGGUACCUUUAGUUGUAUCAGGCAAUAAAAUGAACAAGAAACUGAAGAAAAAAGGGUGGUCUAAUCAUUUUUUCCACGACUGUAGUGCAGUUAUUUUAUAUUAUACAGUAUAAUACUUGAUUGUCAAGUUUCUCAAAGAACUUCACAUUUGAAGGGUAUUGGAAAUGUUAUCGUGGUUUCUGCCUUUCCUUGUGAUCUCCUCUCAUGGCACCUGUUGGUCGAAGAGAUACAAAACAGCACAUUUAAUUUUGGAGUCUUUUCCAGUUUUCACAGAACUCCCAUUACCCACUGUUUUAAUGUUGCUUUUAACUAGCGAUACAGUGAUGCUGGACUGACAUUGAGUCACUGUGCUUUAUGGACCAACUAAAAGUGCAACAUGACCCUCAUUGACCCACUUACAGUACUUUUUGUUGACUGUGGUUCCUGUCAUUGUCAUGUGAGCCCAGUCCAGUGCACUAAAAUAAUAAGAAAAAUACACAUUAAGAGGGGAAAGGUUUUUUUAAAUAAUUUACCAUUACAAAUAUGUUUCAUACAUAUAUUGAAUACUUGUCUCAAAAAGCGUAAAAACUCAAAUUGAGGGGAAACAUUUUACAAACUCAAAUUGAGCGAAAUGUUAACAUUUCAAAAUUCUAAAAUAUUUAUAUCUACAGUUGGUUUUAUGAUUAUGUUUUAAUUCAUUUUAGAA